CAACUGUAACCUGCACGCCCGCAAGUGUCGCUUCAACAUGGAACUGUACAAGCUGUCGGGGCGGGUGAGCGGGGGCGUGUGUCACCGCUGCCGCCACAACACCGCCGGGCGCCACUGUCACUACUGCAAGGAAGGCUUCUACCGCGAUUCCACCAGGCCCAUAUCCCACCGCCGCGCCUGCAAGGCGUGUGACUGUCACCCGGUAGGAGCCUCGGGGAAGACCUGUAACCAGACGACAGGCCAGUGCCCCUGCAAGGACGGCGUUACGGGCAUCAUGUGCAACCGCUGCGCCAAGGGAUACCAGCAGAGCCGCUCACCCAUCGCCCCCUGCAUCAAGGUCCCAGAUCCCUCCACCAUCAGACCUGUGCCACCCAGCUACGCGCAGCACACCUGUGGGAAAUGCAAAGUCACCAAGCGCCGCCUGAAGCUUAGGAAAUACUGCCGCCGCGACUACGCCCUGGUGGCCCGCGUCAUCAACAAGGAGGUGCUCGGUGACUACACGCGCUUCGACAUCCAGGUGACGGACGUGUUCAAGAGGACUCGCGCGGACAGGGUGCGGCGCGGCGGGGACCAACUCUGGGUCAAGAACAGUGACCUGACUUGCAGGUGUCCGGAAAUUAAGAUGGGCGGGGACUACCUCAUCCUGGGCCGGAAGGAGCGCAAGCAGCGGCCGGGCCUCGUCAUCAACCGGCACUCGGUGGUCAUCCGCUGGCGCCAGAACAAACAGAUGCGCAUGCGUCGCUUCCUCAAAAAGGCGUCCAAGAAGUGUCGGCCGUCGCGGUACUGAGGCCCCUCCCGCCCCGCCCCGCCACACCUACCCCGGACGCGGCUCCAGGCUACUGAUCCUCCUCCUAAGGAAGAGGACAACGGGAAGUGUGUCGUCGCAUCGUACUGUAUUAUGCAACAACCUCCACCGCGGGAGAGUUCACAGGUGUGACCAAGGACCUGGGCGGUGCCACUGUGCGGCGAGGCGGCGAGCUGAGUCCGGGGAGGCGAAGCAGGACUCGCCGCGCAGUGCUGGCGUCCCGCCGGCCGGGGACUCGCCGUGUGGACUGUGACAGAGUGUGUAAAUCGGAGUGGUGGAGUCUGAAUCUUAGUAAUAAGGUGGGCUGUGCAGCGUAUCACUCACUCAGCUUGGCAGGUAGUGUAGAACAGCGGUGUGCUGUCCACCAGAUAACUGCGUUGUAUCAAUGUUCACAAUGUCAGACUAAUAAUUCGUUCGAGCUCUCGAUGGCAUGUACGCCAUUACCAUUAUAUUGCUUGAUGCUCUCUUAUAGUGUACGUUUUCAACUGUACAUAAAAAAUCACGUUUAUGUGUGUUCAUAAUAGGAAUCAUGUUCAUAUUAACGGAAAAUAAUAUCCUUCUAGAUAUACUCAAGUCAACAGGCCGCGAAGCAGGAGAUGUCUGUCUGAAGCAAACACUGAAGCACAUAAGUUAGCAUUUGAAUCUCUUUCGUAUACAUACUCAAGGAGGGCCGCCAGACCCGCGGGUGGCUGCUCGCGGCCUGUUGGGCUACAGCUUGGCGGGAGUCUUCGUGCCCGUCGCACAAGUUCCUAAUUUGACUAGAGCCGUUCGCGAACGUGAAUGGAUGAAGUUUGAUCACCUUGCCUCUCAUCCAGCUGGUGUUCCCGAGCGGCGGCACCACCACCCAGUGUUCUGUCGAGGCUCUGGACGCGGGGCUUGAGGAUUGACCUCGGCCCCUCACAAGGUUUUUCGGAACAGAUCCUGCGUCGUCAUUGGGUUUUCGUAGUCAAUCAGCAACUGUCCAUUUUCCAAAUCAUCUAGUGAGCAGCCCUUGAGUAGUGAUGUCCAGGACUGGAACAGAGCACCGUAGACCGUUGGCGUAGUGCUGUACAUGUUGGCGACUGUGUGGGUACUUAACGCACACCUCCUCCUAGAUUACGAUGCGGUCCUCGGGCUGAAGCGACGCUCCAGGCACCUCACUGUCUCGGACCAGUGCCACCGGCGGGGUGCUGAGCCCCGCGGGGCAUGUCUAGCCCCAGGGUCCCUAUUCCCUGCCAGGGGUGUGCCUCGUGCCAGCACCGAGCCGUGUUCUUUUCUCUUUACCCGCCUUCCGUCACCGCCGCUUCAUGAAGGAGAACGAAUAUGCUCCUGUACGUGUCUGCCGCCCCCGUCCUCGGCGGGGCAGCAGUUGCUCGGCUCACGGAGGCAGGAAACAAGGAGAGAUGUAAUAAUGUUGUAGGUGACACUUGAGAACUGUUAGUCAAGUUCUUCAGCAGAGUACUAUCUACAGAUAAGGGUAGUGAGCUAUGAGGAGUAAUUGAUAUCUCAGAGCCGUGACCCCGACGGUGUUGGCGGCGUCGUGCAGGCCGGCCCGGCGCCCCCCUCCGGCCCCCUCCCAGGGACGGCCGCCUCACCCAGCAGCCAACUGUCAGCCGCGCCACGCGUGGAACACUCGGGCGGUCUUUACUGAUCACUGACACUUUUCUCAAAGCUUUGCAGCUGUACUGGUAGUGGUAACACCCGUAACAUCCCUGUGUUGAAUUAACUUAAUAAUAUAUGUAUAUAUUUUUCGUGGUUCAAAUUAAUACGUAGAACAAGUUUCAGGCAGCAAUUAGUGCUGGACUGUGCCGCGAGGACUCUCGAGAUUACCAUUUUCUCUCUCUCUCUCUCUCUCUCUCUCUCUCUCUCUCUCUCUCUCUCUCUCUCUCUCUCUCUCUCUCUCUCUCUCUCUCUCUCUCUCACACACACACACACACACACACACACACACACACACACACCAGGGGGGGGACAAGAGCUACACGCUAUGCACGUCUGGGUUGUCCUUUCCGAAGGUUUGCUUGGUUUGCAGAGGUGAUGUUGAGUCACUCUGAGGAUCCCGCGGGACUCGUCAAGGGUAGUGUUCACAUUAGUAAGAACUCACCACUGUGUGUGUCCCAGCCUGUCGCCGCCGCCGCCGCCACACGAGCCCUGGGAGUGUCUGUUUGUUGUCACAGGUGGCGAGAAGCCUUCCUUCCGUCCCAUGAUUUCCCCCUCGUUAAAAACAAAUCAUAAUCAAAGAAAAUCAAAAUAUCAUUCUCACGGGUGUGCAGCAAGCCGGGCCUGCGAUGCGCGCCAGCAACAGUGCAGCGAGUUGCUGCAGCAGCAGCGGGUCGCGAGGCCGCCGCGGUGC